GCUAUGAUCGCCAAAGGAGGAAGGAGAGGAGGAAGGGCUUCUUCCUGAGGGAAGGAGAAAGUUCCUGGGCCCCGGAGCAGGAGGCAGGCAGCCAGCCAGCCAGCCAGCAGGGAGCCCUCGGGGACAGCCAGCCUCAGCCACGGAUCAGUUUGGUCAUUUGUCUGGUUUCAGUGCUGCUCAUUCUUAGUACCGUCAUGUAACGCUGGCAUUAAUAAGUUAGUGAUGUGCAUGUGGCAACCAAGCUGCUGGCUCCUGGGUCUGUAGAAGGGGAUUUCAGCAGGGAUCGAGCAUGUUUCUGCUGGGAAAUCAGAACAGCCCCUUUCCUGGGACCUGCCUGCCUCCUUCCUCCUAGUCUAUUCACCAGCCUCCUUUUCCUCCAGUGUUGGGAACUUUUACACCAAUCCAUGCUGCAACUCCUCACCCUUUCGGGCCGACAGCUCAUGCCACUGGCUUGGACCUAACCUAGGAUAAAUCUUGGCCCAGCCAGGGUUAGGGAGAGCAAUGGGCAGCUCAGCUUCAUCGCUGGCAGCCGAGACGGAGUCGGACCAUGGUUUCACUGGCCCAACCUAUCCAGGGCACCUGGCUGCAAGUUGGUAUAGGAGUAGCCACAGUGGUCCUGUUUGGGAAAGUGCCCUUAUAACACGGCAGCAUCAGCACGUGAAUCACCGGGCACGAAGCCACACCCAUUCUGGUUCUAUGGCCACUGUGCGGGAAUGGUCCUGUACCCGUUGCACAUUCUUGAACCCUGUGGGACAGCGCCAAUGCUCCAUCUGCGAGGCCCCUCGCCAGAAGCCUGACCUCAACCACAUCUUGCGUCUCAGCGUAGAAGAACAAAAAUGGGCGUGUGCUCGUUGCACCUUUCGGAACUUCUUAGGCAAAGAGGCUUGUGAGGUGUGCAGCUUCACUCCAGAGCCAGGACCUGGUGGUUCCCCACUGCCGAUCAUCAACGGAGUCUUGCCCAAGCCUGCUAUCUUGAUUGAGCCCAAGGGGACCUGCAAGGAGGAGAUGCCGAAGGCAGAGAGCUCUGGGGAGGACUCGGGAGGGAAGAGCCCCGAAGAGGCAGGGCUGGAGGAGGGCUGGGCCUGCCAACGCUGCACCCUCCACAACACCCCUGUGGCCCAUUCCUGCUCGGCCUGUGGAGGACCCCGGAAGCUCUCCCUGCCCAAGAUUCCCCCAGAGGCGCUGGUCGUCCCUGAAGUAAUAGCUCCUGCUGGCUUCCAUGUAGCACCUGCCACCCCUCAACCCAGUGUGGUUACAGAGACCGCAGAGAACUACCCAGUUGCCAACCAGGGCACAACCACCACGGAGCAAGACAGCCAGAAGAUGCCAAGCUUUAGCCUUUUCUCCCCAGGCCUCCAAAAUAACCCAGUUCCUCGCAGCCGCCGAGAGGUACCCCCUCAGUUGCAGCCACCGGUGCCUGACACAUCCCAACCCGCCUCCCCACCUGCUCCCGUGCCGAAGGCCAUCCGCUUCCAGGAGCUGAUGGCCACCAAGCGGCUGAGUGUGCUGGAGGAGGAGAUGGAGGUGAGCUCAUCGCCCUGGAAAUGCAGCAGCUGUUCUCUCCUUAAUACCUCAGGAGUUGGGGUGUGCAAGGCCUGCAACACCCAGAAAGGAAGUGACACCAUUGAUCUGACGGGGGAUUCGGUGCGCUUUACCCCCUGUGGCCCAUCCAGCCCUGACUUUACCACCUGGUCCUGUUCCAAGUGCACACUGAAAAACCCCACAGCUUCUCAGAAGUGCAAGGCUUGUGGCUCCUCCAAGUUACAUGGCUUCCAGGAGCAUGGCCUGCAGGGCGAGUCAUCCCCCAAAUGUUCUGAGUGCGGUUUGGAUAAGGGCCCGGUCUGCACAGCCUGCACCUCCAAAGCCCCCUCAGCCCACAAGGUGGCCCGUCUCUUCCCCUUGCAGCCUCCCACCACUCCAGAAAGGCCGACUCAGUGGCCUUGCCCUGCUUGCACCCUGCUCAAUGAGCUCAAAGCCAAGCACUGUGUGGCCUGCCACACCCCUCAGGGGUAUAUGUCGCAGCGCAAGGGAGCCAAGCCACUCCGACGUCGCGAGAGCAUGCACGCAGAGAAGCGGCGGCAGACGGACGAAGGGGAGGCAAAAGCCCUCUGGGAAAACAUUGUCUCCUUCUGCCAAGAGAACAAAGUCAACUUUGUGGAUGACAGUUUCCCUCCUGGACCCAAGUCAGUCGGCUUCCCCGAAGGGGACAGUGUCCAGCAGCGAGUGAAGCAGUGGCUGAGGCCUCAAGAAAUCAACUGCAGCAUCUUCAAGGAUCGUUCAGUCAAGUGGUCGGUUUUCCGAACUCCCCGGCCCUCUGACAUCUUGCAGGGACUGCUGGGAAAUUGCUGGUUCCUAAGUGCUCUGGCUGUGCUGGCAGAGCGACCUGAGUUGGUGGAACGGGUCAUGAUCACACGGACUAUUUGUCCAGAGGGGGCCUACCAGGUGCGGCUUUGCAAAGAUGGCACUUGGACCACUGUGCUGGUGGAUGACAUGCUGCCCUGUGAUGAAUGUGGCUACCUCCUCUUCUCUCAGGCCCAGAGGAAACAGCUAUGGGUGGCCCUUAUUGAGAAGGCCCUGGCCAAACUCCAUGGUUCGUACUUUGCCCUCCAGGCAGGGCGCGCUAUUGAAGGCCUAGCUACGUUAACUGGCGCCCCCUGCGAGAGCCUGAUGCUGCAGGUCAGCUCCACUAACCCUCGCGAGGAGCCCAUUGACACUGACCUCAUCUGGGCCAAAAUGCUGAGUUCUAAGGAGGCUGGUUUUCUAAUGGGUGCAUCCUGCGGAGGGGGCAACAUGAAGGUAGAUGACGCAGCCUAUGAAAGCAUGGGCCUUCGUCCAAGGCAUGCAUACUCCAUAUUGGAUGUACGAGAUGUGCAAGGAUGCAGGCUACUUCGACUGCGUAACCCAUGGGGUCGCUUCUCCUGGAAUGGCAGCUGGUCUGAUGAAUGGCCCCACUGGCCGACACACUUGCGGCAUGAACUGAUGCCCCAUGGGAGCAGUGAGGGAGUCUUCUGGAUGGAAUACAGUGACUUCAUCAGGUAUUUUGACUCAGUCGACAUCUGUAAACUCCAUUCAGACUGGCAUGAGGUUCGUGUACAAGGCACUUUCCCCAACAAGGCCAGCGGUCCCAUCACUGUAACAUCGUUGACGGUGCUGGAGCGUGCAACCUUGGAGUUUGCCCUUUUCCAGGAAGGCAGUAGGCGCUCUGACACAGCCGACAGCCACUUGCUGGACCUUUGCAUCAUGGUAUUCCGAGCCACCUUCAUCAAUGGCAGCAAGCUCAGUCUGGGGCGCUUGAUGGCGCACAGCAAGCGGGCGGUCAAGAAGUUUGUCAACUGUGAUGUCAUGCUGGAACCAGGCGAGUAUGCUGUGGUGUGCUGUGCCUUCAACCACUGGACCACGUCAGUGACCGGCAACUCCUCAGGCCAAGUCUCCAGUCCUACAACUGGCAGUGCAAACCAGGCUGUUGAAGUUUCUAGCUACAUCCUGGCCAUCUACAGCUCCCGCUUGGUGAUGGUGGAACAGAUUGAGGCUCAGUCAACCACUCUAGCUGAUGCCAUCAUUCUUCUCACAGAGAACAAGGGCGAGAGACACGAGGGGCGCGAAGGGAUGACUUGCUACUACCUGACACAUGGCUGGGCAGGCCUCAUUGUUGUAGUGGAGAAUCGACACCCUAAGUCCUACCUGCACGUCCAGUGUGACUGCACAGACAGCUUCAACGUUGUGUCAACACGGGGGAGCCUGAAAACACAGGACAGUGUGCCACCAUUACACAGGCAAGUACUGGUGAUUUUGUCCCAGCUGGAAGGCAAUGCCGGCUUCUCCAUCACUCACCGCCUAGCACACCGCAAAGCCACCCAGGCUUUUCUAAAUGAUUGGAUGUCAACCAAGGGGACGCACAACCCAUUGCUCACACCUGAGGUGGCAGGACUGCAUGGCCCCCGGCCACUAUGACAAAUGGCCCCACUGCCUGCCCCACCCCUCUUCUGCUUCUGCCUUUUUUCCAGCCCCCUCUGCCUCGGACGUUGCCCGAGCCGCCACUACUGAGCCGUCAGGAUUGAGGAGGAUGGGUGGACAGAGUGUCUAAAGCCAAGCGCCUUUCCUCCUGUCCCCGGGGUCAAGCAGGGAGCUGCUCAGGUUCCCUCUCCCUUGCAGUCCCCUCUCCCCCCCUUCCCCACAGAUGAUGCACUUUAUCCAGAGCUGCUGUCAGGAUAGGAGAGCAAGGGAAUUCCAUGGCCUGGAGAAGGAGGCGUCCCAGGCUUUGUCAGAUGCAGGGCUUGGCCCUUUCCACAGCCACCCAAAAUCCUAAGGCUGCAACAAUAUACCUCUGGCCAAUGUGUCUGUCUGUGUGUCUCUGCCUCACCACACCAUUAAAUGUAUUAACUGAGUGCUGCAGUAGGAGGUGCAAGGGGGGGUAUGCUGUAUGUAGAUCCCCCCUCCCUCCACUACUGGUACUACAGUUGGCAGGUGGAGGGACACUGAUGUGCAGGAUAGAUUUCAUCUCCCUUCUACCACUGGGGCUGGCUGGGCAGUGAAGAUUAUUUGGGGGGAUGGGAUGGUGGGAGACCACCAGAUGUUGCUGAUUUGGAGUUACCCACUCGCCAAAGGUGAUUGGCAGUUCUUGCUGGGCAAGUCACAGGCAAGCCUUAGGGUGCAAGCCAUUUUGCAGCGUAGGUGAUGGAAGCACCAGCUGGGAACAGAUUGUGUGGGCUGAUAAUUUGUUGUUGUUGUUGUUGUUGUUGUGUUGUUGUUUUAUACUCUUUUGCAAGGCAGGCCGAAGCAUGAGCCAUGAAUGGGACCUGCCACUGUCAACUGUAUGGAACUGGGAACAAGAGCCUUUGCCUGUCUCCUCCACUUUAGUUCCUACCCAUAUGUCUCUCUGAAGCACAGCCACUCCAACUCAUGCAGAGGAACAAACGUAGCAGCAAAGAGUAGAGAAGUACCCCUUUCAUGCCAGGUGUAAGCCAUUUUCCCUGUGCCAUCGUGUGCCAGGGCUUAUGCUUCUCACUUAUCACCAUUUGCUCUCUGCGCAGACUUGCCUAUAAGUAUUUUGCUGGGGGAGCUCUGGUGUGGAUUGAGAUGGACAGAGGUCUUCAAGGAAGAGACUAGGAGUGUAGGAGGAGGAGAAGCCACCACUGGAUCCUUUCAAAGGGCUAGGAAGUGUGGUUUCACAGUUGAACCUUGCUUGCAUUGUGUGACACAGAGGUACUGGCAUACUUCCCAUUUCUCUUCUGGCCAUCUGCAGCCUAAAGGGAGAAUAGUCAGGACUCAAUGGUGAAGGUGGAAGAGAAAGGCUGACCUUUCCCACCUGAUCUCCUCUUGGUGCCUUCUGUGUUUCUAGCAUAGGAAAGCCGCCAGGCAAGCCAGCUUGAAGACUUUCACAUAUGGUUCCAUAAGUGGAGCACUUUCCAUUCACCACCAUUUUGCUUUGCAGCUCAGCCUCCAACAAAGUGAAUGGUGAAACCAGAGCUUUGGAAAGCUACUUUGUGGACUACAACUCAAAAAAGAGUUUUGCAUUCUGUGAGCUGUAAUCUGAACAAGAAACAUUUCUAAGCUGCCAAGAGAAGAUGUUAUACUGGGAAGUCUGUUGUGAACCAGGCUGAUGCUCAGUGAAGCUCUCUAUAGAGGGUGAGGCUGGUCUCUAGUAUCAUCCUUGGAGAAGCUGCUGAACAAGCUCCCUUGCCCACCCUCACUUUAAACAAGGAUGAUCUAGAACAGUGGUUCCCAACCUGUGCUCCAUGGAGCCCUUAGGGUGCCACAUGCAUUUCCCAGGCACUCCACAGCUGCCCAAGGAAAAUGAAAGAAGUAAACAUUGAAUGAAAUGAAAGAAUAAGAAACAAAAGAUAGAAUCAAAAUAACAAAACUAGGAAUUACAUUCUGAAUGGAAAUUUGGCAAGUUGAAUUUGCCAAGUUGAAAAGAACUCUGCGAGUCGAAAAGGUUGGGAACCCCACAUCGGGAUGGAUACAGUCCUGGUUUUCCCCAGGCCUUGAGCAGAGCUCAGCAUAAUGGGUAUCUGUGAAGUUGGAACUCAAUAACAGGGUAUCAGGGACAGGGUUUCUAAUUCACGUUGUGAGCUCAGGCACAGGUUAUCAGGGAUGGCAUCAUCCUGCCAACUUAAUUGGUUCGGGCACAGGGUUGGAGAAGUUGUGUCCUGGAAAGCAUUAGGGAAUUAUCACCCAUAGGAUCACCCCACCACUUGCUGUAAUGCAUGUCCGUGCCCUGAAUUAAGAUAAACAGCCUUGUCACUUGUCCAGUCAGUCAAAAAGCUGGCUCAUUUGAACUCCUGCCCACUCCAGGGAUCACCUGUUGGCUGUUGAGUCCACGAAGUAAGGGGAAAAGGCAGGAGCAGUAUUUGAACAGUGGUUCGGAGCAUCCAUCUAGGGACUAUGCAAGGAAUGUAUUAUUGGCUGAACCUAGGUUAGAGUUCAAAAAGUAACUUUUAAUUCCCAGAGCAUAGUCUAGAAAAGUACUUUUCGAGCUGCUGGUUCAGGACCACCCCUUACACCUCUGUGUUCUGGGGCAAAUAACAUCAGAAUUGUUGCCAGGCCCAUUCGUUGGCACCCCCACGGUGGAGGCUUCAACCUCUUUGUAGCUUCAAGCCAGAGAUGUAGGGAGAAAUUCCCAGAGUCAUGCUGGCUGGCGGAUUCUGGGAGGUGUCCUCCACAAAACUUGCUUUUUUGUGCUCUUGACUAUGGAGAGCUGUCUUUCCUCUCUCCUUUAAGCCAAAUUUGAAUGUCCCUUCUAAGAAGGAUCACCACCUCUCACCCUUGUACUCUUAAGAGCUCUGCGGCAGGCAAAAGAUUCAGCAGGCGAACCUUGAUCCAAGCACAGAGAUUUGACAAUAGCCUUUUCACUAAGGUCUGCCUGCUGCACGGCUGCUAAAGACACAGGGGCCCUGCCAGAAGUGCAGCCCUACUUUCAAGCCAUUUGCACUAAUUCCCUCCUGUGGCGACUUCCGGGAAAUAUAGUCUGCUGUGGGGGGGAUUGUGGUGGGGAGCUGUGAAAUUGGCUGCGGUGCCCCUGGGGUCGGCAGGGUUUGCAUGUUGCUUUGGAGAGCUUUGUCCCCGAAAAGGUUGGAUUUUUUCUAACAUUGGGAGACAUAAGAAGCUGUAUGAUUCUGUUAGUUUCCGCAGCCCAUCUUUCCACAAAGUGUGUGAGAGUUGGUUGAACUCAAGUGAUGGAGUGUGCCACGGCCGUGCCUCUUUAAAUGGCUGCCUGGUGGGCAUUAUCUUCACUAUGGACUGAAACUGAUGGAAGUCUUCUCUUGUCCAAAGGAGAAUUGUGGGGCAACUGCAGCAGUUUAUGCUGGAAUCGGACCAAUGCAUCUGUAGUACAGCUAUGCCCUUGCUCUCUGGAUACAGAUGUAGAUGGUCUUGGUAUUGAGGAGUAUCAUCAAGAUGGCAUUGAGUCCCUGAAAAGGGGCAUGGUCUCCUUGGCAGAGGGCUACGGUGACAUUGCCACAACCAUAGGGAAUGGGGCAGCAGUGUCGACAUUGUAUCAUGCUAAUACAACCCCCCGAUGUGUAUGUUUCAUGCUGUUUCACCCAGUUAUGUAGCAACAGGGAAGAAGUUGGUUUUCUCAUGUCUGUUUGCCCCAUCGGCGCUCUGCCCUCAUACCCAAACCAGUAUUCCUGGCACUGCCACCCCAGGCCAGGGGAGUGGCUGGACUUUCCUCCUCGACAUUUGUUUUUAAACUGUCCAAACUGUCUCCUGUCUUUCUUUGUUUUUGGACUUCUUCCUCGCUUUUUCUUUUUGUCUUUCAGUUUGUUCUCUUUCCGUCUCGGAGCUGUGAAUAAUUUUUAACCGUGUAAAUACUGUCCAGCUCUUAAGAAAAAAAAACACAUAGGAUAUUUUAUCAACUGUAAAUCAAAUCUGUAAUCAAGUCCCUGUAUAAAUAUGAAUUAUCCCAUGGGUGGUUUUCAAACUCAGGUUCCAAAGGACCAAAUAAUAAUAAUAAUAAUAAAACAAAGUUUUGUUUUGUA